ACCCGACAUUAGGGUGCCUGUACUAUUCUGUGAAAUCUUACUUGUGUUUCUUUUCAGAUAUUGUGAUAAUUAUUUCAGAAAUAUCAAAAUAAUGGCUGGUCGAAGCAAGCGGCUCAGGGAUGAAGAAAUUGUGGAGCUAAUGAACAGAUCAAUGAUCCAUGAUACUAGUGAUAGUGAAGGUGAUGAUGAUGUUGAACAAUAUUUUGACAAUCUUGAAGUAGACGUAUUAUACGAUAGUGACAGUGAAGAAGAGUAUGUGCCCGUGCUUGAACCAGAAAGUAGUGAUGAGUUUGAUGUGGAUGAUCCUUCUCAAAAGAAAAAAAGGAGGAAGAUUCUUACUUCCACACCAAAAAAAGGUUGUGCCCCUGCCACUACCUUUACUGCUGCCCCUGCCACUACCUCUACUGCUGCCCCUGCCACUACCUCUACUGCUGCCCCUGCCACUACCUCUACUGCUGCCCCUGCCACUACCUCUACUGCUGCCCCUGCCACUACCUCUACUGCUGCCCCUGCCACUACCUCUACUGCUGCCCCUGCCACUACCUCUACUGCUGCCCCUGCCACUACCUCUACUGCUGCCCCUGCCACUACCUAUACUGCUGCCCCUGCCACUACCUCUACUGCUGCCCCUGCCACUACCUCUACUGCUGCCCCUGCCACUACCUCUACUGCUGCCCCUGCCACUACCUAUACUGCUGCCCCUGCCACUACCUCUACUGCUGCCCCUGCAACUACCUCUACUGCUGCCCCUGCCUGUGGUGGAGGGAGAGGAAAACGCCGCCUGAUGGCUGAUGUUCCACCUGUUGUGGACUUCAAGAAAACUACAAUUUCCACCCGAAGUAAUUUCAGGUGGAGCUGUCAGCCCCAGCAUGCAGUAACAACAAGGAGGUUGUCAAGGAACAUCAUGCCUAAAUUUACUCCAGGGCCAACUCAGGAGGCAAGGGAUAUUAUCGCACCUGAGGAGACAAUCAAGCUCUUCAUUACUGAUAGUAUUGUUCAGGAAAUCGUCACCUGGACAAACAAACGUAUAGAGCUUGUAGCACCAAGGAUCUCAAGUCAAAGUGCCACAUUCAGUGCUACUAGUCCUGUGGAGAUAUUAGCACUCCUGGGAGUGCUCAUAGUGGCAGGGCAGCAGAAAGAUAACCAUCUCUCCCUCAAAGAGAUGUGGAGCGUUGUAAGUGGGUGUCCUCUGUACCGUGCAGCAAUGUCCAAGGACAGGUUUGAGUUUCUUAUAUCCUGCCUGAGGUUUGACAACCCCGAAACCCGUGUGGAGAGGCAGAACCAGGAUAAGUUUGCCCCUGUGAGGAAGGUGUGGGAUGAGUUCAUUGAGAACUGUGGCCGGCUCUACAUCCCACGUGAUAACCUCACAGUGGAUGAACAACUGUUGGGGUUUAGAGGGAAUUGCCCUUUCAGGAUGUAUAUUCCCAAUAAACCUGCAAAAUAUGGCAUCAAGUUUGUCCUCAUCUGUGACUCUACGACCAAGUACAUGCUUGGUGCCAUACCCUACCUUGGCAAGGAGGGAACAAGGCCAAAGGAUGGGGUCAACCUUGGGCAUUAUUACACCAAGGAACUUACUAGGCCAUACCACGGAUCAAACAGAAAUGUGACAACCGACAACUGGUUCACAUCAGUGCCUCUCAUCUCUGACCUCCUAAACAACUGUGGAAUGACCCUUGUUGGCACAGUUCGUGCCAACAAGGCUGAAAUUCCACAAGAGAUGAAGGAAAAGGAGACACGACUGCACGGUUCUAGUGCUUUCCUCUACACCAAGGAAAUGACUCUUGUGUCUUAUGUGGCACAAACAUCUCGCACAAAGAAGAAAAUAGUGCUCCUCAUGUCAUCCCAGCACACACAGCCUACCAUUACAUCAAGUGGCAAGCCUGAAAUAAUUGCAUUCUACAAUGCCACAAAAGGAGGGGUCGACACAUUCGACCAAAUGUGUGCAACAAGUUCGUGCUCUAGGAAGACACGACGUUGGCCCCUCUGUGUGUGGUACGGCAUCCUCAAUGCAGCGAGCAUCAAUGCCUUCAUCAUCAGCUGCGAGAACCGUGCAAGGACAGGCAUCAGCAUACCAAAGAGGAGGACAUUCAUGAUGGAUAUUGGGAGGGCACUCAUCAUUCCCUGGGCUCAGUCACGCCUGUCAUCAAAAGUCCUGUCCCGCCAACUGCACACAUUAAUAACAACUGUGUGUGACCUUCCGUCACUGGGCAGCACUGCCGGGUCACCAGGGACAUCACUUUCGGAGGGAAAGUCACCCCUGGUGCGCUGUGCUGACUGCCCUAGCAAGUCGGAUGGGAAGACCCGGCACCGAUGCAACAGGUGUGCAAAACCAAUGUGCCCUCGGCACCUGUACCCCACCUGUGGUGACUGCAUGUAA